CUAGGCUGCGGCGGGGCCCCAUGGGCCUGGGGCACCCGUCGGGCCCCCGGGGGUAGGCUCGCCCCGCCGCCAUGUACACCUUCGUGGUGCGGGACGAGAACAGCAGCGUCUACGCGGAGGUCUCCCGGCUCCUCUUGGCCACCGGGCAGUGGAAGCGCCUGAGGAAGGACAACCCCCGCUUCAACCUGAUGCUGGGCGAGAGGAACCGGCUCCCCUUCGGCAGGCUGGGCCACGAACCUGGACUUGUGCAGUUGGUGAAUUAUUACAGGGGAGCAGACAAGCUGUGCCGCAAAGCAUCCCUGGUGAAGCUAAUCAAGACAAGCCCUGAGCUAUCAGAGUCUUGCACGUGGUUUCCCGAGUCAUAUGUGAUUUACCCAACAAACUUGAAGACCCCCGUGGCUCCGGCGCAGAAUGGAAUUCACCAUCUUAUAAACAACACGAGGACAGAUGAGAGGGAGGUCUUCUUGGCAGCUUACAACAGGCGUCAGGAAGGCAGAGAAGGCAAUGUGUGGAUUGCCAAGUCCUCAGCUGGUGCCAAAGGGGAAGGGAUCCUGAUUUCUUCAGAGGCUUCAGAGCUCCUGGAUUUCAUUGAUGAGCAAGGACAAGUGCACGUGAUUCAGAAAUACCUGGAGAAGCCUCUUCUUUUGGAGCCAGGGCAUCGCAAAUUUGAUAUCAGGAGCUGGGUUCUCGUAGAUCAUCUAUAUAAUAUCUACCUCUACAGAGAGGGUGUCCUGCGGACCUCUUCCGAACCAUAUAACAGUGCUAAUUUCCAGGACAAAACCUGCCACCUGACCAAUCACUGCAUUCAGAAGGAAUAUUCCAAAAAUUAUGGGCGGUAUGAGGAAGGGAAUGAAAUGUUCUUUGAAGAGUUCAACCAGUAUCUGAUGGAUGCCCUGAACACAACGCUGGAGAAUAGCAUCUUACUGCAAAUCAAACACAUAAUAAGAAGCUGCCUUAUGUGUAUAGAGCCUGCAAUCAGCACAAAGCAUCUUCACUACCAGAGCUUCCAGCUCUUUGGCUUUGACUUUAUGGUUGAUGAGGAGUUGAAAGUCUGGCUCAUAGAAGUCAAUGGGGCUCCAGCUUGUGCACAGAAGCUAUAUGCGGAACUCUGCCAAGGAAUUGUGGAUGUAGCCAUCUCUAGUGUUUUCCCCCUUGCUGACACUGGACAGAAGGCAAGCCAGCCAACAUCGAUCUUUAUCAAACUGUGAUGAUUACAGGAGUGCAUCUGCUGUGCACAAGGAGAGACUGCACCCAUUGGGUCAGCACUGUUUAACGGCCUAUCUCAGUAUUAUGCCAAAAAGUGAUAGGGACAGGCUUCUCUUUUUUUCUGGAAGGUCAUGGAGAAAAACAACAAAACAGGCAUCUACAUAAAGCUGCAAUGAGCCAGAGCUGCUGAGACAACUCUGCCUGCAUUCACCAAAAUCUACUUUAGAAAACAGCUCAUGUGACUUUGAUACCUGAAACAAAUCUCUGGGAGUAUAGCAAAAUAACCUUAAGAUGAAACCCCAACAGGGAUACUAUAAUACUGUAUUAGCUCCUCCUUUUCUAUAGAGAUAACAUGGGUGUUUUAUUUUGUUUUGUUUUUUUAAGGCAGUUGAGUGAAGACUGCAGUGAUCUUCUGGGAUGUCAUGGUUGGAAAGUUUUACUCCUCCCACUAUGUUUCUUCUUUCCUCACCUACUGCAUCAUUAGUGCCUUAGCUCAGCUCCAAAUAGGUUACUCCUUUCCUUUGUUCCUGCUCUAUGCUGUAGAAAGGAACAAGCUGUCUUGCAUCACAGGAUGCAUAACACUAGGAACACCAAGAAUUCAGUUUCCUUGGGUAUUUUCAAAGCUGGCUGGCUGAACACCCAAGCAAUGACUGGCAAGGAUGCUGUUGGAAAGGGUGCUGAACUGCAGGCAGUGAAUUAACCGAAGCAGGGAAGGCAGUUUGUUUAUUAUAGUUAUCCCUUUUCCUAAUGAGAUUUGAUCAGUUUCCAUCCAAGUCUGAUGCAGUUGGACUCUGUUUAAAACAGGUGGAGAGACUUUCCCUUGGGGCUCACCUGCAGGCCAUUAGAUUUCUAGCAUCAUUUCUGUGCUAGGAGUGUUUCACAUAGCUGGAAGCCAAUCUUCUCAGCUUCUUCUGAGACUCUGAUGUGAAUUUAGGCUCUUCUCUCAGCUUUCAACUUUAUGCCCUUGAGGCUGGAAUCUGAAACCUCUCAAAUUGAAUGAUUUUUAUUCUUUUUGAUCCAAUCAAUUUGAUUCUCUUCUAUUUGACAACUUAAUACCACAAUCCACUGCUCAGUCCCAGCUAAGGGGAAGAUGGAUGAGAUAUUGCAGACCAGGAUAUAUUUUGCGUAUAGGUUUGCCACACAGCUGGGGCAGGGUGAUAUUCUUGUGGGGAAGUUAAAUUUCUUGAGGACCCUGAAUUUCAGAGCUAACAUCUACUCUGAGUAUACCCUAAGUCCUUGGCAUAUUACCCAUUCUGUGAAGUUUAUCUGAAUUUUUAGCAUAGGCCCAGCAAACCCUUCCUGAGCUUAAUGUUCUGUGUGGAACACAGCUGCGUUUCUAACAGCAGCUGGCUGUGUGAGUGGUAUCUGUCUGUGCUGUACCCCAGAUUUUCAUAUGAAGAGUCAAAAUUCAACAACUAGAUCUCACUGUUCAAGAGACUGUAGCAGUGUCUGCGAAGAACUGAGUGCUCACAGGGUGCUGCACGCUGGUGGUCCUGAGUUAGGAGUUUCUUUCCAUGUUGCACACGAUGCGUGGAUGUAUGUUAGCUCUGAGGUUACAUGUUUGAAAACAUGCUUCAGGGCAGAUUGCAAACAAGUGCCUGCUCAAGCAGCGCAGAACUGAUUCGCAGUGAGGAGGGAAGGACAUGGAUUAUCUGAUUGACAUCCCCACACACUGCGUAGGAAACCGUCAUGGAAAACCGCAGCUCUGGGGGUUUGAAUUGAUUGCAGCAGGAGAGCAGAGUGUGCUGCUGAGGUCAGGACUGUGUUCUGCUGCCCCUGGCAGGGAGAGAUAGUUGGCACAGAAAUAAACUGGUUCCUGUUACCCAAAAUAAACAAAUGAGGAGAUUAUGGAGGUUACAGU